UGCAGCGACGAUGAAAAGCGACGAUGAGACGGCGAAACUAGCUUCGACGGAGGAGGAAACGAGAGUCGAAGAUGAAGACGACACAAUCAUGGAAGAGGAAAGCGAUAGCGAUAACGAAGGCUUAUGGAGUGUCGACGAAGAAGAAGAUGACGUCGAGAGAUCUCCGACAAUUAACUAUUCAAACAUGAUAGAACCGGAACCGGAGUGGGAUAAGGACAGUUACGAUGGUUACGAAUGCGUAUUCGAUCCUGACGGCCGUGAAGGCUUCCCCAACGACGAGGCGUACGAAGACUUCCGCGAGUAUAAGAUCCAGGCCUGGAAGAAUAGGGGGUUUUUAGAAGAUCCAUUCAGAUCCGUCUACCCCAUUUUAGAUCUGGAAGAUCUUUGGUCAGACAGGGUAAACGCGACUAGGAGGCAAUAUUUGACAAAUAUUGCUUCCCUAUGUGUUAAGAAACUCAAUGAGGAGAAGGGUUCGUCUGUGGAAGUUGUAAGCAUUGCGAGAAGCAAUCUAAAACCAGGAGGUGGGUAUAAGCUGUACAUCACCUUUAUGGCUCGAGAGUAUCCGGAUGGUCCGCUAGUGGAGUAUCAAGCCAAGGCAAUGGAUUUUGCAGGAGGCAGAAAACCUCCCUUUCCCAUUCUCUGCAGACCAGCCUCUAGCAUAUCCUAAUCUAUGACUUGCGUAAGGUUUCUUUAUUAUUCAGUGUAACUACUUAGUAGCUCUGAUAAUUUUGUUUGGAAUUACUUAUGAGCUUUUGUCAAUUUUUGUGGAGGAAUGGAUGUAAA